CAGUUGGGUGCUUUCCUCAAUGUAUGUCCUAUCCACUUCCAGCGCUUCUUCCUGAGUUCGUCCUCCACAGGGAUCUGGUUUGUUCUCUACCACAGUAGGUUGUUGCUAAUAGUGUCCGGCCAACGGAUCCGAAGUAUUUUGCGUAGACAACUGUUAAUAAACACUUGUAUAUUCUGGAUGAUGGCUUUCGUAGUUCUCCAGGUUUCCGCCUCAUGCAGAACUGUCUUGACAUUUGUAUUAGAAAUUCUGACUCUGAUGUUGGUUGAUAGACAGUUGUUUUGAGUUCCAGAUGUUCUUCAAUUGUAGAUAUGCUGAUCUUGCUUUGCCGAUCGGCGCCUUCACAUCUGCAUCAAAUCCACCUUGUUCAUCAAUGAUACUGCCCAGAUAUGUAAAUGUUUUUACAUCUUCCAAAUCUUCCCCUUCAAGUGUGAUUCGAAUGUUGCAUGUUGUAUUGAAUCGAAGAAUUUUGCUUUUCCCUUUAUGUAUAUUGAAUUCUAGUACACUACUAUACAUCAUUUUCCUGCUGUUGACUACAAAUCUGGAUUAAUUCUUGCUCAUAUUUCUUAUAAAUAAUAACAUGUACAUAUAGAUUGAAAUAAAUCUUUUUUCGUUCUGAUCUAUAUUU